AUGCCUUCGCAAUCUUCAAUACUUGGCGGCCUUCUUGGUCUGCUCGCCCUCACAACCUUUACACCUUUUGUCGCCGCACACACUUGGGUUGAACAAUUGAUGGUCAUUGCUCCCAAUGGUACAAUGGUUGGUCAACCUGGUUUCCCCCGUGGCAAUGUGUUGCGUGGAACCCCUGAGUUUAGUGAUCCUACCAUGGUCAACCUGAUUCCCCCGGAUGGUCGCCCAGCAAAUCAAAUCGAACCCCAAGACUUGAUGUGUAAAACCACUCAAACUUCCCAAACUCAAACCAACGGUAGUCCAAGACUGCAGGCCGCUCCUGGUUCAGCUGUCGGUUUGAGAUAUCAAGAAAAUGGUCACGUCAGUCUUCCCGAUACUCAGCCUGGCAAACCCCAAAAUCGAGGUACCGUCUACGUCUAUGGAACCACUCAACCCAGUCCCGACGACUCUUUCCUUGCAAUUCAUCGAGUAUGGAAUGCAGAUCAAACUGGUGGGGAUCGUCGUGGUGUUCUUUUGUCCACUCGCAAUUUUGACGAUGGCCAAUGUUAUCAAAUCAAUGGUGGUUUCAUUUCCAAUGAGCGAAAAGUGACAUAUGGUCAUCCUUUCAACAUGGUCAUGGGUAAUGAUCUUUGGUGCCAACAGGAUAUUCAAAUCCCAACCACUGCCCCUACUGGCAAGCCAUAUACCCUUUAUUGGGUCUGGGAUUGGCCGACUCUUCCUGGAACCCCUGGCUUUCCUGAAGGCAAACAAGAACUCUACACCACCUGCAUGGACAUUGAUAUCGUUGACAACAUUGGAGUUGAAGCUUGGUCCAAGGCUGUUUCCAAUGCCUGGAUUGAUCAACCAGUUGACCAAGCCGCAAUCAAGGUACAAAUGGUGGAUGUUUCCAAUCCUACUGCAGUUUCAGGUCAGACCAUCUUAUUCACUGCCACCCCUACCUUCUCCCAACCAGCUCCAUCAUCCAGCAGUUCUGAAAUGCUAACAUCUUGCUCAACAGGCUCAACAAUCGGCUUCUCGGCUUCAGCCACAGGUCCAGUAGCUGGUGCUGCAAGCGAAGCUAGUGUCUCGCAAGCAACUCAUUCUGAGACUGGUGCACCGGAGUUCUUGACUGUCCAUACCGGCUCAACAGCUGGGCCUGGUAUUGAGACCCAAACCUUCACCGUUCAACCCAUCGCUGAAACUGGAGCCCCUCAGAAUGGUGGAGGUGGAGGUGGUAGAGGUGAGGCCUUGAUUGAAAUCCCCCGUUUGAAUGCCGGAAGUCUUAAGCUAAUCAUUCAUGUCACCAAAACAGGCCCACAGAUCACUUCCGUGCCAGCUAUUCAAAAUCAAGCAGGUAUUGUCACCCUGACGGAGUAUGACGCGGUCACCGAGACUGUCUACGAAACCGUGUACCAAACUCAAUAUACCAAACGUGAUGAAGGUGAGUCACAAUCUGUUACUGUUUCCCCUGUUGAAUACCCUACAACCACUGGAGGUGCACCUCUCGAGUAUGGAUCUGGAAGACCUGCCUGGGGUCACGAAGGAUCGUCAUCUGGUGGCAGGCAUGGAAGCGGAUCCUGGGGACAACACAACAACAAAUCUCGCUCAGAGUGGCUCGCAACACGCACCUCUGCACCAACUGGACCAGACUCAACCGCAUCUGGAUAUGUUAUGACCAUGUCUGAUGGCACAGCCAUGACCGUUCCUGCUGAUGCCGAAAGUCUUUAUUCGAAUGCAGCCUAUACCAGCAUGGCUUCAGCGACCCCCACCAUCGCACAACCCCCCUCCACUGCCCCGUCAUCAUCCUCAUUAUAUGACAAGCGUUCAAAAUCCCAAAACCACAAGCUAACCACUUCCCACACAGUUCCCCAAGUCACCGCCGCCCCCUCGAUCGACAUCCGCGCUUCACAGCCCGAGGCCGCCAGCACCAAGCAUUCAGCCUUCCGUCUCCGUGCGCGCAAUCCCUUCGUCUUGUUCGGCUGGCAGUCGGACUCGGACGACGACAAGGUCGCGCCCACGCCGACGUCUCAUCUGUGA